AACCUUCUAGAGAAAAUAAAUAAAAACAAUACCAAAAAUCAAAUUUCCAACCAAAAAAUUUACAAACCCUAGAAAUGAAAAAUCCCCAAAUUUGAAUGGAAUCUCUAUCCCUGACCCGAUUCCUGCCCUUCGGAUCCUCAACUCGAUUUCGUUACCGGAUCUUCUGUUUCUCUCUCUUCUUUGCUGGCGGCUGAAAUUGAAUCCGGACCCGACCCGGAUCGAGCCAGCCGUUUUUGUUUCUGUUUUGUUUUGGGUAGUUUUUGUGUAGAGAAAUAGGGAUUUUAGGGCCAGACAGUGUGUGUUUUCUGCAUAGAUGGGUAGUUCGGCGGCAUCGGGAGGUGAAGGAGGAGGAGGCGGAGGGGAGUGUGGAGUCGGGUCGAUUGUGUGGGUCCGACGGAGAAACGGGUCGUGGUGGCCCGGCAAGAUUCUCGGACCCGAAGAGCUCAACAGUACUCAUCUCACUUCACCGCGAUCGGGCACCCCGGUUAAGCUGCUUGGACGAGAUGAUGCUAGUGUGGAUUGGUACAAUUUGGAAAAAUCUAAACGUGUGAAGGCAUUUCGAUGUGCUGAGUUUGAUGAUUGUAUUAAAAGGGCUGAAGCAUCCCAGGGCAUGCCUGCCAGGAAAAGAGAGAAAUAUGCUCGUCGAGAAGAUGCUAUUCUUCAUGCACUGGAACUGGAGAAGGAGUUGCUGAGGAAACAAGGAAAAUUAGAUUCAGCUUCAGAUCAUGCAAGAAGUAAAUCAUCUGGUUCUGUGAAAAAGGAUAUCAUUGCACCUUCAGAAGCUUCAGAUAGUAAUGGUGGAAAAUCAGGGAAUUCCAAGUCAAAUCAAAAUUUGAAAAGAGUUGAAACAUCUACCAAGGAUGAGGUUACUGAUACAUAUUUAAAUUUGCAAAAGAUCAAAGAUGAAAGUCAACUGAGCUUUGAAGAUGAGCAUUCUGAAGUCAUACCUAGGAUGAGAGGCUUACAGGACCUUGGGCUUAGAACCGCUGCUGCAAAGCGGAAACUUUCUACUCCUGAUGCUUCAGAUGGUCCAGAGAAACCUACAGUUGACAACAAUUUGCAGACUCCUUCCAGUGCUGAUCCUAGCAUGGGAAGAACUAGCCUUGCAAAUGGAGAGGAGCAAAUGGGAGGUACUUUCCCAGCAAAAAGGAGUAGAUUUGUUUACUUGCCAUCUGAAUCUAAUGAUGCUUUGGAUGGUAAAGAAAUAAAUCCAAGCCAGACUGAGAUGUCAAGUUUUCCGGUUGAAGAUACUGACUGUGGUCCGCGUAUUCACGUUGAAGAAAACUCUUCAGGGUUUCUUGAAGAUGAUGAAUCUGGUUCUUCUGAGUCUGAGUCAGAAGCUGAUUCAUCUGAGACUGAACCAGAUAUUGAUCAUGAGAUGACUACAGUUUCAGGUGCUUCUGAACCUCAAGAGGCAGGAUGUAGAUCAAAAACUCUAGGAGAACAUGGAAGUUUGAGCAGUGAAGAGCAUGAUCACUCUGCACUAUCUGGUGAUAUCUCUCAUGUCCAUCCUCAUGAUCCUUUUUCUGCUAAUGAAGCAGUUUCUAAAUGGCAGUUGAAGGGCAAAAGAAACAUUCGCAAUCUUACUAAAAGUUCUGCUGAGGGAGCUGACCGAAGAGAUUUUAAUGGAUCCAUUUACAGAACUUAUCAGAAUGAAAAGGGAGCUGCUUUCACCCCCAGAGCAUUACGAAGAAGUAUGAAUUUUGGGAGAAAGGAUUAUUUCAAUGAUGCCUUGGAUGAGGUGGAUUUUGAUGACAGGGAUUUCUUUUCCCCUAUGGUUGGGUUGGAUGGAGGAUAUGGAUUUAUGCCUAGGGCCGCAUCAAGAGGUCAAAAUAGUUUCAACCAUAAUAUCCUUGAUUGGGAUGACAUGGUGUGGGAAGAGCAGCCCACCUUUAGAGGACGCUGGGGGCACCAAGCGGAGCAUUUUAGCCCGAGAUUUUUUGGCCGCUAUAGUUUUGGCAGCAGGUCACGGACUAUGAUGGUGGAUGUAGAUCUGAAGGUCCAAGCAAGCUAUCCAAAAGAGCGUGUUCCCAUAGUUUGUUUGAUGAGCAAGUUAAAUGGGAAGGCGAUAAUAGGACAUCCACUUCAGAUUGAAAAACUAGAAGAUGGUUCAUCCAAUUGUCUUAUUCCUGCAAAUGAAAUUUUUGGCAGCAGUGAAGCAAUUGAUCAUGAUAGAAUACUUUCACCAGCUUGGAGGACCGCAAGGAGGACUAAUCUUCGGGUCCCACGGUCUCAUUUAUCAUCAUCACACAAUGGUGAUAUGGCUGCGGAAAGUCAUUCUUUUUUAGAUGAUGACAGAGUACUAUUCAAGAGACAAAAUACAGGAAAUCUUAAUCACAAGGAAAGUGUGGUUAAGAAAAGCCAGUCACAUGGUCUCCGGUCUGUCACGGAUAAGAAGUUCCCAAAAAGGCAGCCAAAAAAAGCAAGUUUAUCAGCUAGCCAAAAAACAAGAACCCUGUCAUCAAUUGCUAUUGACUAUAGUCUCAGUUCUAGGACCCUAUACGAUACUAAAAGUAAUCAAAUGAAUGGAUUGAUCAAACCGGCAUCAUCUGGGCCGACAACAGUAGCUUGCAUACCAGUGAAACUAGUGUUCAGUAGGUUACUUGAGAAGAUCAAUAGGCCACCUUCUAGAGUAUCUAGUAAAGUGGUUCAGCCAAGUAGUGGUGCAGAGAGGAAUCCAUCCUAGAUUAAAUGUACAUUGUUAUGUGGGAACACACUAAUACAUCCAAUGCAACAUUUCUUGCUGAUUUCCUCGUUCUGAGAAAAGCAUGGCUGUAUACAUUGUUGGCGGCAAAGUGUGUAGAUUCUGCCGUCAUGAAUAAUCAGAUAAAGCAGGUAAUGUGGAAGAAACUACUAUAUAUACUAAAUAUGUUGGAUGAUGAGGCUGUUUAGACCUUAUUAGUAGCAAGCACAUUUGUUGGAUGGAAGAGGAAAAGCAGCUUUAAUUUAAGCAGAAACAGCGUAAUUAGAAACAAUAGUUGUUAAAUUUAGAUAGUUCUGAAAUCAUAUAGAUGAUUGUAUAUUUUUAGUUUCUGGUAAAAAGCCUAUUUAUUAUUUCAAUUAAUUUAAAGAUAUAGGAGCAUAUCAUAUGACUUUCUGCUUUGUAUGUAUGUACUAGCCACUUCAACAUUGUGAGACACUUGAAUGCCAUGAGGUCUAAAUAAAAGAAACCUGAAAUGUUUAUGAUUCAGGUUCGGUUGAAAUA